AUGGAGAUGGAGCAGCUCUUAAGCAUGGGAUUCUCAAGUGAAUUAGCAGCACAGGCUCUAGCGGCCACCGGCGGCAAAUCCACCCUCAAAGCCACCGAAUGGAUCCUUUCCCACAAAUCCUCCAAUCCAAACCCGAACCAGAACCCAAACCCCUCUCCUCCUCCCUUUCAACCAAAACUCGACCGCUUCUUCCAUCUUCACACCAAGCUUUCCACUUCCCCUUCAUCUCCUGAACCCACUGCCACCGCCCCAAGCAUCCAUACUGUACCCGAACACGACCCAGAUGAUGAUUCCACCACCCCAUCUCCGCACCAUAACAAACGUCAAAAGUUGCAACAUCCCAAACCCACCAUUCAACUAGGCAAAACCGAUCGAACCCAUGAACCUUUGUCGGAACGGAUGCGUCCUCGUACUGUUUUCGAAGUUGUUGGUCAAGAACACAUUCUAGGUAACAAUUCUCUUCUCCAUUCUGCUAUUGAUCGCAAUAGAAUCCCUUCCAUUAUUUUUUGGGGUCCUCCUGGUACUGGUAAGACUUCCAUUGCUAAAUCCAUUAUUAACUCGGCUCAAGACCGGUCUAUUUAUCGAUUCGUAUCUUUAUCUGCUGUUACUUGUGGGGUUAAGGAUGUUAGAGAUGCUGUUGAGGAAGCUAGGAAAAUGAGGGUUAAGAAUAAUAAGAGGACUCUGCUUUUUGUUGAUGAAGUUCAUAGGUUUAAUAAAUCACAACAGGAUUCUUUCUUGCCUGUGAUUGAAGAUGGAAGCAUUGUGUUUAUGGGGGCAACCACUGAGAACCCUUCGUUUCAUUUGAUUACACCAUUGUUGUCUAGGUGUAGGGUUCUAACAUUGAAUCCUAUAAAACCCCAUCAUAUUGAAACUCUUUUGAAGAGAUCAGUUAAUGAUAAUGAGAAGGGAUUGUCUCAGAGCGUAGGCAUGAGGGUCGAUGUUAAGGAUGAUGCUAUUGAUUUUUUGUCCAUGAAUUGUGAUGGUGAUGCUCGUGUGGCAUUGAAUGCUUUGGAAAUCGCUGCCACCACGGCGGCUGCUCGAGUGGCUGAUAAUCAACUAGAACAAAAUGAUGAAGCAGUUGUUACAGUGGAUGAUGUUAAAGAAGCUCUCCAAUGCAAGCAUCUUGCAUAUGACAAAGCAGGGGAAGAGCAUUACAAUUUGAUCAGUGCCCUCCACAAGUCAAUGCGAGGAAGCGACGCGGAUGCAGCAAUCUAUUGGUUGGCAAGAAUGCUGGAAGGAGGUGAAGAGCCUCUAUAUAUUGCACGAAGACUAAUAAGGUUUGCCAGUGAGGAUGUUGGGUUGGCUGAUCCAUUAGCCCUAAACCAAGCUGUUGCCUGCUAUCAAGCUUGUCAUUUCUUGGGCAUGCCAGAGUGCAAUGUGAUUCUUGCACAAUGUGCUGCUUACUUGGCUUUGGCUCCUAAGUCUAUCUCAGUGUAUCGAGCCAUCGGAGCUGCACAGAAGGUUGUUCGGGAAUCUGUAGGACAGAACGAGGGAGUGCCGCUUCAUUUAAGGAAUGCACCAACCAAGCUUAUGAAGGAACUUGGAUAUGGAAAGGAUUAUAUAUAUCCCCCUGAUAACCCAUCAUCGUCAACUCUGUCAUAUCUACCACCUUCACUUCUUGGGUACAAGUUCCUCGAUUGGCCAGAUCAAAAUUCAACACAACAAUAAGAGUCAUGCCAUCAUGUUUGGGGAGUUCAGGGAAAUUCUUUCUGAAUUCGGUAAUCUUCACUGUUCAUCAAAGUCUUUUGUGGAUAUGCCAUUCUAUAGGUGAAAGAAAGUUCAGAAAUAUGGUAUAUUAUCUUGGAUCAUCUUUUCUUUUGACUAUUUCAAGACAUAGUUGACUUUUACAA